AUGCUCACAAUCUUCUCUUCAUGCAACCGUUCAGAACCUUUUAGGUGUUGGAUUAUAACGAAAGCCCGCGAGUGGAGGACGUGGAGGUCAAGCCCGAGACCAGGAACACGUGCAGCUGCCAACGCCCGUGACCUCGUGAGUAUUGGUCAGCUGCGUCGCUUCGACGGUGUCCCACAUGUACAGGAGCGCCUCCUGACGCUGGCCCCCCGCAGCGACUCCCCGCGCAGCACCCGCUCCGCCCCGUACCCCGCCGGCGUGGCCGCGUCAGGAGGCGGCGGCAGCGUCCUCAACAGGUCCUCGCGCGGAGAGUCGCCCCGCUCGGUCCGGUCCGCCGCGCCCGCGCCCGACUCGCACUCCUACAGGGUGUCUCGCCGCACCUCCAGCGUCGACAGCCAGUCGUCCGUCGACUCGAGGGGACAUCGCAGGCACCGCAGGAGCCGCGGCAGGUCCUCUGAUGGCGAGAGCGAGGCCAGCAGUAAGUGCUCGUCGCGAGGGCACCGCCGCCACCGCCACCGCCACCACUCCGACGACUCCGACCACCACCGCCAUCGUCACCGCCGUCGCCGCCACAAGUCCGGCGGAGGCAUGGUGAACGACGCCCAGUGGGUGCAGGCACAGGCCAGCCAGGGCCAGGUCCGAGGCAACACCGCCACCGUACGAGACUUGACCCAUAAGAGCGGCUACCAGCCCUCGGGCCACGACACGGAGGCCGACUCGCACCACCACCAGCACUCCAACAAGAAGCGCCACAGGAAACACAGGUCGCGAUCUAGGUCGCCCUCGGAGGCCAAAACAGCCGGGACGCAGGGGCUGACGGAGGCGGAGCUGAAGGAGAUCCCGUACACCAAGGUGGAGACGGCGAAGACGAUCAAGAUCAAGUACACUUCGCCCAAGACCAAGCGGCACAAGAGUCCCAGACGCUCCAAGAGCAAUUCCAGUGACAGGAAAGCCACCCCGCCUGCUGACGGGGAAUCCCCUCCCCCUCCGUAUACUCCUUCGCCAACAACAAAGACAAACACCUUGCCGAAGGUCACGAAGGAGAACGGCGGCGAUGGAGGGCCUGGCGUCAGGAAUCCCGAAGGAGGGAUGGUAAACGGCACGCUGCGCCCCCUGGACCAAGGUACAUCCUCCUCAUGCAAGAUCUCUACGUCUAACCUUCUAGAAAUCCGCCUCCCUUCCUCCCUGGCUCAUUCUCCUCUCCUCGAGACCUGCCAGCUGAUCCCUUUAUCUCUGACCGUAUCGGCACUUCACGCCUCGGACUCCUACGACUGGGCCAGUUUUAUGCCUCUUAAGCAGGGAAUUUACUCCGUGCGCUGUGUGCAUCUCAUCAAGAACCGACAGGGUUGUGGUCUUUCUCUGCUGCUGUUCCCCCAAAAAAGACAGUUUUAG